AUGUCAGAUCACCUGCUAUGGAGGUAUCAUGAUCAUGUUUCUGCCGGACAUCCAGGAUGGAAAGAAACUUACCGGAGCAUCGGUAAUCGUUUCUUCUGGACCGGUAUGAGAGAGUCGGUACGUCAAUAUGUCGCAAGGUGUCACGUUUGUGCUUGCGUUAAACCGUUGAACCGGAAGCAAGACGACCCAAUGCGACCAAGACAGCCCCGCCAGCCAUGGGAGGUUGUUAGCAUUGAUCUUAUGGGGCCAUACCCAAGAUCUCAACGCGGUAAGACUUGCCUACUUGUAGCAACUGACUGCUACAGUAGAUGGGUAGAAGCAUAUCCCCUAGGGCAAGCCACCGCUAAGACGAUUACCGACACUCUAGAAAGAGAGUUUUUCUCACGUUUCGGCUAUGCUAGAGUACUUCUCUCAGAUAAUGGAACACAGUUCGUCUCCAAAACAAUGGAGAAAGCACUGGAGAAGUGGGGCACAGAAGGAUGGACAACGCCAAUUUACCAUCCAAGAGCAAAUCCUGUAGAACGCCGAAACCAGGAUUUGAAAAAAGGUCUUCGGACAGCUUUGGUUGACAAACCACAUAGUCACUGGGACAGCUGUAUUCCGAAUAUACUUUUUUCAAUAAGAAAUCGUCGGAACAGGCUAACAGGGAGCACUCCCUCUGAGCGGGCAUUUGGGCGAGAAGCCAAAGCCCCCGGCGAUUGGCUGCUGGACAUUAUUUCUACGGGUAAAAACCCGAAACAAAUAGAAAUGACCGGACAGAAAAAUAUUGUUACCGUAAAGACUCCGGACAAUAACAAUAACUCCGGUGUGAUAACCGAAAACUCCGAUGUCUUCGAUAGGAAAACGAAAAUUUCCGGGGGGGGAGAACAACCCUCACAAAAAUUCGGGUUAUCUUCCGAUAAAAAAGAUAUUGGUCACAAGUUAUCCCGCGAAAAUCACCGCAGACGCUUUAAAGAAGGGGAUUGGGUGUAUUAUCGCGCGCAUCCCUUAUCCAGCGCUGAUAAAAAGUUUCACGCCGGCUUUGCCCCUAAAUGGCUGGGGCCAGUGCAACUAGCCAAAAGGCUAGGUGAGGGAGUGUUUGUGACUAAAGGAAAGUGUCAGUUAAAGCUACAUGUCACCGCCAUGAAAUAUGACGCCUCAGAAGGUAAUCCUAAUAAAUUUUCUAUUUUACAGCAUGUCCAGCAACCAAAGACAGGACGUGGAGCCCCGUUCCAUUCGGCCCUCUCGCCGGCUCUCGGCCGAAACCGCAAAUCUCAUGCGGCAGCAGGCCCGCAGGUUGAUGCGGCAAGCGGCGGCACUGCUGGGGGAAGAAUAUGA